AAAAACAAUGUCUUCAGUCAAAGUGGCAGUGCGUGUUAGGCCAUUUAAUAGCCGAGAAAUACAACUUCUUUCGAAAUGCGUCAUCGAUAUGUCCGACAAAAAAACAUAUAUAACAAGCAGCUCAAAUCAAACCUACAAUUUUGAGUUUGAUUAUUCUUACUCAUCAUUCGACAGGAAAGCUGUCAAUUAUGCUUGUCAGGAUAAGGUUUAUAGAGAUAUUGGUGCUGAAAUGCUUGACCACGCAUUUGACGGAUACAAUGUAUGUAUAUUUGCUUAUGGUCAAACCGGUUCCGGCAAGUCGUAUACAAUGAUGGGUAAAGUAAAUGAUCUUGAAGAAAUGGGAAUGAUUCCAAGACUUUGCCGCGAAAUUUUUAGUAGAAUUAGUGAAAAUAGAGAGAAUCAACAACUUAAGUAUACUGUAGAAGUUUCAUAUAUGGAAAUUUAUUGUGAAAAAGUUAAGGACUUGUUGUGUCCAAAAAAUGAAAAUCUGAAAGUUCGAGAACAUCCGAUUUUGGGUCCGUAUGUGGAUAAUCUCGAGAAAAUGGCUGUAUGCUCAUAUGAAGAUAUUUUUGAGUUAAUGGAUGCUGGUAACAAAGCCAGAACAGUGGCAGCUACAAAUAUGAAUUCGACGUCCUCCCGUUCACAUGCAAUUUUUACAAUUGUGCUUACCCAACGAGAGCAUGUUAACGAUUUGGAUACUGAAAAAGUGAGCAAGAUCUCGCUGGUUGACCUUGCAGGUUUUUUAAAAAUUAUUAAAUAUAAUAUUCUAAUAAUAGGUAGUGAACGAGCUGAUUCAACUGGCGCUGAAGGCCAGAGGUUGAAGGAAGGAGCAAAUAUAAAUAAAAGCUUGACUACACUGGGACUUGUUAUCAAAAAACUGGCUGAACAAUCAACAAAGAGGAAAGGAAAGCAAUCAAGAACGGCUGUCAUACCCUAUCGGGAUUCUGUUUUGACAUGGCUUUUGAAAGAAUCCCUUGGAGGAAAUUCAAAAACUGCAAUGAUUGCUGCCCUAAGUCCUGCUGAUGUUAAUUUCGAGGAAACUUUAAGCACAUUGAGGUGA